GUCGUUGCUGUUGCCGCCUGUCGAACAGCCCGUGCUGCUCUCUCCUCAGUCGUCUCUGUACAUUCAACACUGGCAGUCACCACUGCAACGAAUGGAGACGAAGGAGUGGACGAGACAUCACCGAGGAUUUUUUCCCCUGUUUAAGUAGCUUUUCAACGGCUGCGGAAAGGAUUAAAACCGAAACACAUCGUAGAAAAAGAAACACCACACUCAUUUUUGAGAAAAACUUAGUCGAAAAGCUUCUUUUUCCCCCUUUCCCGACCGGAUCGAUUGACAGUCAUUUAGAAAAGGGCGUGUUUGCGGAGUGAAGGCAGUUUUAACCGUUUAAUGUAGGUAUAUAAGGUGUUUUAGACAUUUUUACACCAUCUGGGUCUAAAGGACAUAGUCGAAGAUGGGAUGCACGCUGAGCACAGAGGACAAGGCGGCGGUGGAGCGCAGCAAAAUGAUCGACAGGAAUCUGCGGGACGACGGGGAGAAGGCAGCGAGGGAGGUCAAGCUGCUGCUGCUCGGUAAGGAGGGAGGAGGAGAGUAACGGUCGGUCGGUUGACGAACUUCGCGUUUCGUUCACCUCCGGCAGUUAAAAGGGGCAGUUUACCAUUAAAGCCUCGUUAGUAGUGGUUACAGGGGCGUGUGGGAAAGGGGGUACGGGUGGCCUUAGGCCCACUGAAAAUCUGAAUGCAAUUGCAAAAUGAUCAAGUUUGAUCUGCUAUAAAUCCUGUGAGAAGUGCAUGACUUGCAUCGAAAUCAACUGUGCAGUUAAUCUUAACAUAAGUCAAGAAAUUUUUGUCUCAUCAAAAAAAGUUCAUUUCGGGGGUGAAAGGAGUGAUGGGAAACAGUGAUGGGAAUUCAGGCCCUCUUGUGAUCUCAGUGACUGAGUGUACUGCUCAGCUCACCUGUAACCCCCAAUUGCCAACGCAUCUGGAAAGGCUACAAAAAGGCCGAACCUGUUGAUCGUAGCUAAUUGUAACCAAUCAAGUUAAUGUGUUAACUUCCACCGGCUUCUUUCCGUUCCGCUGCAGAUCGCUGGACUCCGCAGCUGAUCUCAAAAGUUCUAUUUUUUCCGGACAGACACAAACAUCCUGCUUCUUUUCAAAAUAAAACACACCGUGUCUCAGGCGGAUCGUAUUUCACACCAUGCAAAUGGGCGGGGACGAACAAGUGAAAGGCUUAUAGACUGUAUUUCACUCCAUUGACACCAUGGAUGAGAGGAUGCUGAAUCUAGAAGUCUAUAUGGUUAGCCUAUGUGGCUAAAGACAACUUGGUAUUGCGCGAUUGCAGGUGAAUCCGGAGGUUCUUGUGAAUUAUCGCAAUUCCUGGUGUCCGUAAUUCACCAUGAAAUUCGCCUCACAAACGGAUCCGCUAGAAAUUGGCGUAAGGUGUAAAUCGCUGCCGUUCCGGAUCAGAGCCGUUCCCGAUGCGGUGGAAAUCUCGGGUAAGAUUUCCAAACAGCUGUUCAUAGUACCAUUAAAAAAUUUUUUUUUUUUUUGAAUCAGCUAGUUUUAUCAUUGUUUUGGUCCAUAAUUGAUACAUAUUCACUGAAAUCUUGCAGAGCUGAAAAUGAUGUUACGUAAAUGGCGUUUUUGGUUACCAUGUCGGAAAAAAGUAAAAUCGGAGGCCUGAAACAAGAUGGCUACAUCUACGAAAGUUAUUUGAGCACCAGCCUCAUAUUCGGACAACUUUCGUAGAUGUAGCCAUCUUGUUUCCGCCUCCGAUUUUGCUUUUUUCCGACUUGGUAACUGAAACGCUGGUAACUCCGCUAUGAUGUAAUUUUCAGCUCCAACAUCUGACUUCCGAUUUAACUCGAAGGCAGCAAAAGAAGUCAGUGCAAGGUGUGCCUGAGCAGUGUAGAGUCAGGAUCGCCCCUUAUUCUAUCAAGAACCAAAUGUCAACAGAAGAGGGAAUGAAGGAAACCUGCUCUCAAAAAGGAGCUGGCUCAUAUCAUUCAUGAAUGAGUGGAGUCGUUCAUGACCGACUACUGGUGUUUUUCCACUUUUUUUUACAGCUGUAGUUGAACUGUUGCCGAGGUAAAAAAAUGUAGUUGUAGUGCAUUUUAGUUUUCACGUCAAUACCCAUUCAAAUUCUGCUCCCACUUUAGCUGCUUGUUCUGUGGAAAAUCAGAUUUACAGAUUCCAAAAAUAGAAAAUCAAUGGAUUUAAGUAAACAGUGGAUAAACUGAACUUUGGGACCGGUUUAUUGACCUCUUGUGCAAUAAAAUGUCAAAUGUGCACAGAAAAUUGGAAAACACUAAACAUCACAGGCUUAAAAAAAGGGAGAAAACAACAGCUGAAACAUAUUUUUAAUUCUUUUUGAAUCAACGCAACCCCUCCUCCCCUCAGUUGUUGGCAUUAGUUCCAUUAAGCAGCCUCUUUACACCCAUUUGUAUUGACCAGAGCCUUCCAACAAUGGCACAUUUGCUGUAGCCUUGUUGAGUGCAGUGCAGUGAAAAAAGCCCAUACCCCAUUGAGGCCCAUGUGUGAAUGACUGUGACUAAGGACUUUGUCGGCUCAUAUUAGUUAAACAUGUGUUUAUAGGUUUAAUUCUUGCUAUAAUGCAAGAGUAAGUUCUGACCAAGUAAACAGACCGACUGUGAGAAAGUCCGUGAGUGCUCUGUAUAUCGUUCAAGGCCUUGAGAGUCGGCACAGAUUCAUUUAUCAUGGUCAACCUAGAAGGACAGUGUAUUGCACAUGAGCAUUGACGACACACGCAGUGGUCAUGCAUCACAACGUUCUCUGCUGGUGGUGCUGCCCGCAUGGCUCAAGUUUAAAAUGAGCGGAGAAACACACACACACCACCAGUCUCAGGAAGAAACGUCAUUACAUUUAAUAGCUGGACUUGGAUCAUCCUCUUCAUGGUGGUAGUUUGUUAUUGAAAAGGCGAGGGAGUUACAGUCAGCUGGUUGGUCAGUGGAUGGGCUUCGCUUGACUCUGGCCUUCAACAUUUAGAGGGAGGUAAAAUGGGGGAGGUUAACCAUUUAAACCUCACUAGCAUUGGUUCCGGGGAUGUAUCUGGAGGGCGCAGCGGUGAUAUGACUUACCUGUAAAUCUGGGUGCCGUCUCAAAAUACUAAACUAUGGUUGUCUGAUAGCCCUGUCAAGCAACUUGCUCCGGUGAAAUCAGUGUUUAUGUCCGGUAUUUACUUAAAUCAUGAAGUUUUCAGUAAGUAAAUGAGAUAUUUUAUUUUUAAAGCUCCUGUGAGGAACGAUCAGUAGGUGUUGAUUUUAGUGACCCCUGUGGACAAAGUGGCUUUGCGACCUUACAUGGUGGAUCUCAUCAUUAUGUUCUCUAAUUUCAUGGAAAGUCUGUUUUGAACAAUACUGGCUAAGAUAGCAUGAACAUUUGAUUCAAGUGUGCAUGAUAUUACAGAUUUAUGACAAGAUUAAAUUUGAUUUUUCUUUGUUUAUUUUUAUUAUUAUUUUUUUAAAGAUGGCUGGAUAUCUUUGCAAGAUAUUUCUCCAUAUACAGAAAUUUUAUAUAAUAUUCAUUUAUGUUAAGCAACUUUGUUUAUUUGUGAGUGUUAUCAAAUUACGUUUUAUUAGCUGCAAAAAUAAAAAAAAUGAUAAAAUAAAAAAAACAAUGUAAUGUUAGCUCUAUAGCUCAUUGGUCUUUUUGGGACCAAUGCCGAUUCUGAUAAUUAAAUAUACAUUUAAAAAAUCUGAUUAAUCGGCCAAGUUUUUAAAUUUUUUAUGAAGUUAUAAAAUAUAUAUAUACUGUAGAUAGCUACAGUUUACUAUAUACUGUAGAUAUACUGUAGGCUACUGUUCUUUACGCCGACAGGAAGACCGACUGAUCAAACUCGGACCAGAAAAGCGUUUUCAACUGUAAAUGAAAAACUGUAAUUGGUCGACCAAUUUUUGAGAAGGCCAUUGCCAAUAUGAUGCAGAUUUUUUAAUUUCUUUUUCAGUUGUAGUGUUACCUUCUGUUGUCUUUGUGCAUCUUUGGGUUUUUUCAACUCGAGCUCAAAAGAAAAACAGGGAUGUCAUAAAAGGUCAAGCAUGUUGUGCAACAAAUGCAGGAAAUUACAAUGAUGAAGUGGUAGAAAUUAAGCCUUAUUGAGUGAGCAGCCUCAUAAACGUACGAGUAAAAAUAGCAGCCAAUUAAACUAAAUCGCUAUUGAUUUACUUGAAUAGCUAAGCAGUUGCAUAAGGUGGAAAUCUGAUGUAGAGAUAGUCGCCUCAUGGCCAAUUUGGACUGACCUUCGUUUACGAAACCGUUUGUGAAUACUGCCUGGAAUACAUCAAGGGUAUUUCUUUGAUAAAUCAGUGUCGCUGUCUUAAGCCCCCUGCUCAUAAUGAUUCUGAUUCUUUGCAUUCGUUACACGGCUUUACGUGCCGUUUUUCCCUUAUGCAUAAUCAUGUGAACUGCUCGCAUUCAGAGGCCAGUUAUGUGUGAACUGAAAGCAUUACUCGCAUGUGGGGAAACACUGUUAUCCUUGUAAAUAGAGACUGUAGGUGAAAAACUUUUCCAUCAUUCUCCUUCGCUUUGGGAAAUGUUGACAUGCACACACACACGUCUAUGUGGGUCACCAGGACACGAUGGCUGGAGCCAACACCAAUAGAAGGCGAACACCUGACAGAAGGCACAGAGCUGGAGCUGUGUUUGUGGACAGAUUUGUGAGCCACGGCGAGAUAAACAACAUUUAUUUAAAUUCUUCACAUAAUUUAGCAGCACAUUCCUACCUGUUGUCACGGCAGCAUAAAACUACUGACAUGGUUUCGUUAUCUCUGGGGUUUAUACAUAGAAUUUAGCGGGAUGUUGGUGUUGCUUUGUGCAAACAGGAAUGUACAUAUUUUCUUGCCAAAGGUGGAACACAUUCCUCAGGUGCUUGGAGGCCAGAUGAGGCUUGCCAAUUGAAAGCGAGCAAGUUAGGUCAAGUUUGUGCUAUGCUGCUGUAGGGUGGAAUAAGGUUUUUCGUCAACUGUUGCUGUAACACGAACUUAAGGGCAUUGGCGCUCUUCGUUUUUCUGAUGGAGUCGGUCAAAGUAGCUGUGCACCAAGCUGUUUGUCCCCCACGCACCGCUGGGUUGGCACAGCUUUCUACCAUUUGUGUUUGGCCCAUGCAGCGUGAUGAAAGCCUCGUCGGGUUACCGCCUGAAGAGGUGACGCACAGACAGGCCAGGAGAAAGGAGAAGAGGGGCUGUAAGAUGAGAACUCUGCAAAUGACAGAAGCAUUAAAUAUGAAAAAGCUCGGCUGCAGAGAGGCAUGAGAGGGGAAGGAGUUAGGAGUUUAAAUUUUCUACCUUGGAGGAAAACAGUCACUUAUGGAGCGCUGCUUUAGAGUUAACAAGCAAGGCUGGAGUACACUUCACCCCAAACAAACUCUGUCAACAAAGAGAUAAUUCUGCGUGGUUGUAAAAGGCUGGAAGAGUUCGAGAAAUGUUAUACAAGAAGGAAAAAAAUGUUGUGGAUUGCACGAAGAUGACCCCUCUAAAACAGAGCAAGAGUCGAAUUUUGUACAAUACAUGUGAAAAUACUAUCCAGUAAAAAUGGUCGAUAUGGUUAAAAGUUAUCAUGAUGAAAGUAAUUCAGUAUGUCUGUGGAACUUUACAAUCCUGCCAAACUGAUAAACUUAGUCAAUGCUCAGAUUAUCAUGAGUUUACUUAUGAGUCAUUCUCACAUUGAUAAUCACCACAUCGCCAAUUAAUGAUAACAGUCUGAGUAAUACAUGACUUACUUGUGAUUCAUUCAUUUAUUCACUUUAAAUGUCUACUGCUUGAAAAAAGCUGUUGAAAUUGUUUUUCAGUGCUCGAAUCUGAAUAUAUAUUUAAAUUUCCUAUUCAUCCAAAUGUUCGGCAUAAGAUGACACACAAACAGUUUGUGUGAUAGUCACUACAUUAACAUGUUGUCUAAAAAACUAGUUUACUAUUUGGAAGUUAUGUUCAGUUUUGGCCUUUGAGUUGUACUAAACCAUGACAGUGCUGGGUUUUGUUUUAUUGUGAGACGUUAGAUAUUCAAAAGCCCUUAUGUUGAAAAAUAAUUCUGCAAAGGGGCAAAAGCAACCUUUUGCAGUUAGCACAGCCAGACUUUAGAGCAAGUCCUAUCAUUUAAAAUCACACUGAAAUGCAUGUUGACGUAAGUAGGAAGGUGAAAGUUAGCUUGAUAAUUACCUGAGGUGACAGACAAUUACAAUGUGAUGAGUUCAAAUGUCGUGUCCAGAAAAAGAAAAAAAAUCUGUAUUUAUAAAAGUACUUGAAGAAAAAAAAAUCUAGAAAAGACUUUAUAGAGGUAUUGAUAAGAACUGGAAUCAUUGAGGAGUCUCAAUACUGGUAUCAGUAUCAAUAAUGAUAAACAAUCGCCUAUCCUAGUACUGUCUAGGGCCCGACCGAUUUAUCGGCGAGCCAAUUAUAUCGGCCAGUUUUAGCCCGUUUGAGACUAAUCUGCCAAAACUCGCCGAUUUUCGUAGAUAUUUUCAGAAAUAAAAUGCGGAGAAUAAGAUUCGGUUUCACUUCGAAAGUGUUCCGCCAUUUAAAAAGGGGUGGGGGGUUCUGGUCCGAAUUUGAUCAGUCGGUCUUCCUGUCGCCAUGAAGGGCAGUAGCCUACAGUAUGUAUACAGUAUAUAAAAUAAUCGGUAUUGGUAUCGUCCCCCAAAAAUCCAUAUUGGUUGGGCACUAGUACUGUCUUCUUGAACUUUACAGGAACUAAACACAGGGCAUUUAUAUGUCGCGGUUAUGGAUCAGAACAUACAGGAAGUGUAAACCUCCCUGAAGUAACUUAAACCUGAACUCUCAUUAGCUCAGAUGUAUGGAGAUCCUCUGAACAUCCUUAUUAGCUAUUAUGUUGUUUCAGUGUGCGUGCAGCAGACCUUUCCUAUUAUCCCUGGUCACUGCAGUGAAAUCAUUCCACUGAUGUAAAAUAAACCCACUUUGCAUGGAAAAAUCAUUGGAAUCUGUGCGUGCCUGUGUGCUUAGAAACCAGCUGGCAGGUGUCUUGACUAGAUAGAGAGAAUGUGAUGAACAUAUUUCCCAUUUAGCUCUUAGUCUUUAUUUGGCACUCAUUUUCCUUCCAUCAUCUCCAGGACCCAAUUACCCUACUAUUCAUAUCUACACGCUAAAAUAGAUUACAAUCUCCUCAGCCUAAUUACUCCCUCUAUAGCUGUCGUGCAACUGUGGGAAGAUUUUAUUAAUAAUCCUCAGCUUGUGUCUUACUUUUGUCAUUGUUCUCUUUUUAAUCUUUUCCGUAUGUUCAGAGUUAUGUAACCGUAACGUGGAGUGCAGCAUCAUCUCAGAGAAAGAGGGGUGUGGAGGGGACAAGAAAAAAGAGAGGGACGGUCACACUUGUUAAAUCGCUCAAAUUCCUUUAGCGCUCUUAGCAUCUUCGGAUGUCUCCGCAAAUAGUUCCAUCUGUGGGAAACAAUCUUUUAGUAUCGAUCCGCUUGUCGGCAGAUCGAUUCCUAUGGUCAUUUCACCCGCUGUUCAGAGGCUCCUGGAAUCCUUCACUUGUGACUCAUGCUUAAAUCCCCCCCCUAAGAGGGAGAGAGAGCAGAGGGGGAAAAGAAACUGGAAACAGAGCGCAAGAGAGAGAGAGAGGGGAAGGAAUGUUGAAUUUUGAGUAGAAACCGAGUGCAGAGGAGAGUUGAAAAGAGGAAGAGGUAAAAAGAGGAAGGAGUGUACUGUUUAGGGCUGAUGUGCUUUUGCCAAACUAAAUAAACCCUUAUGCCAUUCAUAAUCCAUUCUUUCUAACUUUGGUUGGCAUGCAAGCACACAAUCUUCAAGAAUAUUAGCCUCAGCAUAUGGUUAAUCUAUAAAUGGAGCUAGUCCAGGCGUGGUAGCCAUUUUAAUCAAAGGCGUCUCCACACUGGCAUUGUAUAAAACAUCCCUCAUCCGUCGUACUUAGUGGAAGAUGAACUGGGGAGGAUUCCAAGGGGAAGGAUGUGUUUGUGGUUGGAUGAUAGAAACCUCCCCGCUCUCUGAGGAAGAAGAAGAAGAAGAAGAAGAAAAACUUCCAUUUUCACAGAGGGGUUAGCUCGGAUUUUCCAAAAAUAGUUUUGAACCGCUAGAAACAGAAACCAGCUGCUCCAGCGGUUCUUGGAGGCUGUAGCUUCUUUUGGAGUGGGCGUAUCAAAGCUGCGGGUGUGUAACAUGACUCUGCAUGAGGAGCGAUAGGUCAGGUCUGUGGUGCCAUGUGACCCUUAAAGGUCUUUGAGUGUGAGUGGUUUAUGUCUGAGUGUCUUUGUGAGUCAAAAUCAGAAAAAGUCUGGGUUUAGUGUUCCUCAGGCCUGGAGGCUCUGACAGGAUCCACACCCUAAUGAUAUCACUGGUGUUGAAACAGCAGAGGCAAGACUCUUACAUAAGCAUACAACUCACUCACUGACCGAUUUAUUAUCUCAGAUGCGUAUUGGCUGGUUUACGCCCAAAUUUUAACCAUUUGCAAGGUUAUAAAUUUAUAAGCCGCCUCAUCUUUGAAGCUGCUCCUGGCUUGACUUCUCCUGAAGUGUAUCACUAUGUGAGUACGCCAUGGGUUCAAAAUAAAGGACCUUUCUGCGUCUUUUUCAUAGUUACAGUGGGUUUCCACAAUGAUUCUCUGAUACACUGUCAACACACGUCACUUCAGCAUCAUCAGAGUUUUCACUUCUUCUCAAAGACGAAGUUUCAGGUUCAACUAACAGUAUUUCUUUCAUACAGUAUCCUCAAACACAGAGAAAACUGCAAAUUAGCACUUUAAUGAAGAUAGAAUUAAAAACUGUUUUCUAUUUUGUGUGAAGGAAGCUAAAAAAGUGAGAAAGAACCAAAAUGAUUGGCAGAUUCUUAUUAAAUGUUCAUUACAUCAAAAAACUCCUGACAGGAGCUUCAUGUGGUUUUCACCAGUGCUCACUUUCACUGGAUUAUAAGGGUUUUCCCACUGCGCUUCAUAUUUGUUUUCAUUCAGUGGUGUUUUACAAAGAAAAUAUUUCCACAAUUUAAAGAAAUGGACAUACUUUGGGACAAUUAAGAGAUUCGGAUUCAAAUUUAGCUAGUGUCAGCAACUCUACACCUAAAAAAAUUGACAGGUUAGUUUCUCCUCUCGCAGGACCAACACUUUUAUUGGUAAAAAAAAACAUGAUUGUGUCAAUCCCGCCCAUUCUUAAUUUUGAUUGGUCUGUGAUGGAAUGAGAGCUGUACUGUUUCAGAUGUUGAACUUAUUCCAGCUGAGAGUGCUGGCAACUCUCCUGUUGAAUUGGAUGCCAUAAAGGGUUCACUGACUAUGAAAUCAAAAGAUUUGAGCUCCCUCCUCUGACUGGCUGCUGGAAAGGCCAUAAAUCCCGCCCCCUUAUGUUACUGGAGGGGGUCAAAUUGUAAAAUCAAAAAGUAUAAAAUAAUUUCCUCAACCUGGUUCGGGUAUGAUUGUUUACUCUUAUAAUACCGGUUUAUGUCCAAGUGGGCAGCCCCUCCUGCCAGAUCACUUUGUCACAUUGUCUUCUGUAUAAACAGUGCCAAAAAACGCAGCUAGUGGACACAAGCCCUCAACCAUCAAUGUUGCUUUUGUUGCAUCUGUACCAAAGUAACCCUAAAACUAAAGAUGAUAAUUGCGGCUCAUUUUCCUAAUCAUUUUCACAUUUUUAGCUGUUGACAUAUUUGUAUUUAAAUCCAUGUGAUUUCUUUGAAUGUUCCAUGUGGUCCUUCAGGCAAUCACAAGUUCUUUCAGUGGUUAUAAAGAAAGCGUAACAUUCUUGCUCUGAUAUAGAAAUCUGAGUGUUUCUUGGUAAAUAACUCACAGAAAAUGGAUGUUUAUGAGUUCCACAUUUUCAGAGCCAUAGAACAACCACAGAGACCACUGAGAAGUCACAUUCAAACACUUAGAUACAAGUUUCUUUUAUAAUGAUUCCACUUUAAACUUCAGUCUGAGCUCACAGCCCAGCUGAAGUGGGCUGUUCAGGCUCUGUGUCGGCAUGUCAAGUGUGUGUGGCGCUGCGAAAAGUGGCUCUCGGGCAGGCCGAGGGGUGCAGCUGUGCCAGCCUGCAGGCCGAACGUGCCCAGUCGAGCAGAGUAUCUGCCGUCUGUGUGCCCGUCCCACGGGGAUUCACACAGUCAGUGUUUGGCCUCAGAGCACAGGAAGCUGCCACUGUACAUUCCCCCUCCUCCUUCCCUCCCCUCCCCCGGGCCACUCUGGCACCCAAGUGGUGACACGUAAUUAAAAUAAUGUGUCCUCAGGUGAAUCUCAUCCAAUUAUGCCCAAGGUGAAGUGGCACAGCUGUACCAACAACACGCAGUUAUUACAAGAGGAAAGUUUGAAAGAAUUCUGACGACUUUUUUUGUUAAUGUUAUAUUUGGUUUAAUAAUGUGUUCAAGUUACCAUCAAACAGACUUGGGAGGAGUUGUCACUUGUGUCAAGAACGCAGCAUAUCUUAUUUCUGUGUUUUCACAACAGCAUAGAAAGUGGAACUAGAUGGGACAGAUGAUUUAUUGUGCAAGGGUGAACCGCGGUGCCUCUGCUGACGGGUUCAUUUCAGAGUACGAUUCCUACUUCCUCGUUCUGUUGCUGCAGCUGAGAGGGAAGCUGGGGAUGUUCGCUCUGGGAGUAGACGCUCUCAGGUGGUUUGAAAGUCUUCCUCGGUGGCAAAUGAGCAUUACAUAAUCUGUGACAACAGUGACACUUAGCUAAUUGUAGGGAGGCAUGGUGUUGGAUUUUCGCUGAUAUGAUAUGCUGAUACUUUCAAAUUCGAAUAUUGAUACAGACAUACUGUAUAUGCACCAUUUUUUCAUUGAAAAAAAUUGAUUAAGUUUCUCCUGUAAGAGAAUCAUCGCCAUUAUUUGCUCAUACCGAUAUCAUGCUGACAAUGUUGUGCAUGUCUGGAUAAUGGUCCUGCUGUAUAGACCUCAGAUCUGUGCAUGUUCUGCAGUUUUCACAUCAGGCUUUGACCAGAAGGUUGAACAGCUUAAAUUUGUUGUAUGAGGAUUGGUACUGGACAAAAAAAACCUUGAACAAAGCUGUUGUAUUGUAUGAACCAGAGUUACCGGGGUGUAAAGGUGUCAGUGUUAUUGUUUGACUUACACCCUUUAGCCUUUGGCACCCUUUAGUUUUGGUACGUAAUAUUAAGAGGUCAACAGCUCAAUAGUAACAAGCUAAAAGGUGGGAUAUUGUCAUCUACCACAAUGGAAGCAGACGUAGUUCUGUCAUUAGAUCAGUUCUUGCCGUAGUCCAACUUACCUGUGUGUGUUAAUGGGUCAGUUAGUUGAGGAUAAAGCUGUUCCAAACCAAUAUUGACAUUGUAUAUCAAGCCGAUAUCAGCAAUAUAACGAUUAUCGGAUUAUAUCGUCCCUCAUCUAAAAUCUCUGAUAUCAGUUCUCUGAUACAAGCAGUCCAUUCCAGACUCUGCUCCAGCACCUCUAGCUAGCAGCGCCCGGAUCCAGCAUGCAGAGCCCAUGUGGUCACAACAACAGUGUGUACUAAGGUUCUGGUAAAGUAGCAAGGAGUAGGAGUGAUGCGGGCUGUGUGGCAGUAUUUUUCAGUCAAUUCCGAGAAAGACAAUGCAGCUGAGUGCAAAACUUGCCAUGCACAAGUUCAAAUCAAUAUCAGUAUCGGCCAUUACUGAAGGCUACAACAUUGGUAUUGUAUCGGAAGAAAAAGGUUGUAUCGGGACACCUCUAGUUGAGGAAGCAUUGGAAAUCCCAAAGAUGGGGGUCAGUCACCAUAUUGGAAACUUAAACUGACUUGAAGCUUGUUUAGUAGUUAAUAGGAAAAGGCAUCGUAAACUGAGAGAAAGUCUUAGCUCAACAAUUGUCUUUUCCAAUCAGGACCGAAAAGAGCAUGAAUGUGGUUUAUGAGGACCUCAAGAAGGCUGUAAGAUGAGCGUUAUGUAAGCAACAAUGACUGAUGCCUUGGAAUAACCUUGUUUGCCAUACCCCCUGUCCCUGCUCAAGUAAAAGGAGACAUAUUGAUGAUUUAGUGUACUCCGGGGGGGCAGAUGGCCUUUUAGUAAAAUAGUAGAGGCAAAAAAAAUGAUAUGUGGGGUCUUUGAUGAUAUUGGGGAUGCUAAAUCAAGAGUAAUAUAAGGAGUAGUUGUCCAGUUGAUUGAUAUAACUGCAGUCUUUGCUCUUGUGAAAAAUCAACCCGUUGGAAGAUUCAAUGUUGUCAAUCAGAAUAGCCAUAAGCAGACUAAAAAUAGAGUGAAUGUGGUUUACAAGGACAUCAGGGACGCUUAAAGAGGAGUUUUAUCUGAGUUACAACAGGCCAAUUGGCUUUCUACAACCCUGAUCUUGCAGGUUGUAAGACAAGGACACAUGAGAUGAAUAUCCUGUUUAAUAGUCUGUCAGAGGAUCAGAAAAGAUGAAUGUGGUUUAUGAGGACAUCAAAAAUUGUACAAAGGCACCCUAAGGCGGCUGGCGAAGGCGACGGCGAGUACAUUAGCGAGGGAAAAAAGCAGAAUAUGCAUAAAACAUUAAGCUCCCCAUGCAAGCCAACAUGUCACACACAUGCACACUCCCGACCACAAAGCCUGCUCAGGUGACAGCGGCCACACACUAGGGAUGUCCGUGGUAUAAAAUGAGAGCAGUUGCCAUGGUGGCACGAUGGCGUUUGAAAGCCGUGCCAACACUUACAUUCCCUUUAUGCUUGCCUUAUCUCUCCAUCACCCCCCUCCUGUUUUUUUUAUCACAGCAUUGUCUUGAAUACGUCUCAAAUACAACGUUAUCUAAUUAGUCACAAGCAUCGUACACCCACACAUCUAUAAGAAACACCAUGUUCACUCCACUAAAUGCUCUGUGAGUGUUAAUCUGGCGCUGUCACAAGUCUUGAAUCAAAAAAUUAGAUAUGAUACUGGUAUUAUGUAGUGAUAUCUCUGUGAUACCCAGGAUUAGACAAACAAUGAUACAGAAAUAGACAACAGAAAUGAAGGCAUGAUUUUGUACGGGCUGUGCACAGUGAGAAAUCCUAGACUUUUGCAAAAAUAAUCCCUCUGACUCAUCACUUCUGACCUACUUUGAGUGUGUUGCAGUGUCUGCAUCUGCAGAAGUCCUGUCCUCAGAGUGUCUGAAUUUUGAUGAUAUUUGACGCUGUUUGGAACAUUCCUGGCUGUCAAACUUGAGGCAGCGGUGUGUCGCCCCCAAAAACCAAAACAGCCGAGACUUAUCAUUAAUUAGCAGCCAGGUAGCAGCAGUUUUGAUAUGCCUCAAAAUUGGGUGUAAAAGAUGUGUUCUAGUGCAGCCUCAAUGCGUUAAAGCACAUAACGCAAUAGAUGGCACUCGACGUGGUAAGGAGCCUCUUUUGAGUCUUGCAGUUUAUUACUUUAUUACAACAUAUAGACAACAUUACUUUUGAGUUGUGGAGUGCUGGUUUGACUGAAAAGACGGGUCACAAGUAGAGCAUGACACGGGAGUGGAUUUUCACUCCUGUCCCAUCCCACUCCAAGAGAAAAAAAUCCCAUCCCAAUCCUGGAGCGGAGUAAAAAAAUUAAUCCUGUCCUGUCCCACUCCUCUAGAAUGACUCCCACUCCCAUCCCGCUCCCACUCAAAAUUACUCCCACUCUUGUCCUGCUCCCGUUUGAAUAAAACCAAACAUGUUGAAAAAACGUUGCAUUUUUUGUUUUAGGUAAAAGUGCAGUGGAUAAUAUGCACUGCACUUUUACCUAAAAUAAAAAACUUUUGGUAAAAGUGGCAGCUGUUCCAAGUCGCUUUUCACUUCCGAUGGUGACAGGAAGUCAAACCACUGUUGUAGUUCUUUUGUGUUGCUAGCACGGUCAAGAGUGUUGGCUCUCACUGAGAGAUGACUACAAAAAUGGACGCAUCUGUUCAUCUGAUUGUUUAACACGGCUGAAAAUGAUCAUCUAAUCAAUUGUUCACAUCUGCUAAUUGGGUUUUGUUGCAACAGGCUCCUCAUUACAUUCUGUAUGUUUCAUUAGGGGUGUCCCGAUAUGAUAUUGAUAUCGGAUAUUGGUCCAAUAUUAGCAAAAAAAUCAAAUAUCGGAUUAUAUCGACCUGCAUCUAAAGUCUCCAAUAUCAGCACUCUGAUACAAGCAGUCCAUUCCAGACUCCUCUACCUCUCCACCUCUAUCUAGCAGCACCCGGAUCCAGCAUGUCAAGCCGAUGUAAUCACAACAACAGUGUGCACCAAAGUAUGAAGGAGAAGGAGUGAUGUCGGCCGUGUGGCAGUAUUUUUCAUUGCAGCUGAGUGCAAAACUUGUGAUUUACAGGUUUGUGCUAAUAUAAGAUCAAUAUCAGCCAAUAUUGAAGGCUACAUUAUCGGUAUCGUAUCGUAGGUAAAAAAGUUGCAUCGGGACACCCCUAGUUUCAGUUAAGUAGAUUUUCUUUUAUUAGCACUUUAGAUUUUUUUAUUAGAUUUGUGACUUUGUGACUAUCUUAAUGAGUUUUUAAGAUUUUUUUUGUACAGGUUAGCUUGACUGGGCCACCCUGUUCAAAAAGUCUAGACACACCCCUGACUGUUGGAAUUUAAGAUAAAUGGAGAUGUAAGGGUAUAACCGUGAAAAAUCAAAACUGCACCAAUACUUGAAACAAUCCCACACUUCUCAAUUUUUAUCGUAUUGACCUUUGUUUUCUGUAGUUUCUUUGUCAGUUGUCGAAGAGCCUUGAGCCUUUGGAGUUUUUCCUCGUAAAGUUCUAUUAAAAGCCGUCAGAUUCAGACACUCUAAACAAAACUAAAAAACAAGUGUAGCUGUCUGUAGAAAUUAAGUCGUAAAAGGAGCCUUUAAAGCUUCAAGUCUUGAUAUCCUCAGAUCUUGAGUUACACGUUUGGCUCCUCAGUUCAUGUCAGGCUGAGGUUGUUGAGCCCAUGCUUCAUUUUUAUGGUCCUUGGUCGUGCCAUUUGACCACAUGAGAUCAUGUUGUAAAGCUUUUUCCUUCUCUUUUAGGGCAUAAAGAUAAGCAGAAAAACAUUUGGCUUGCUGCAGGCAACAUGAACUUCUUGAAAUAUUUACACCCUGUAAUAAACUCCCUCUUUGUCUUCCACAGGUGCUGGAGAAUCAGGGAAAAGUACAAUCGUCAAGCAGAUGAAGUAAGUUCAUUUUUAUUUUAUCAUUCUGCACGCUGACAAUCAAACUUCGCUUCUCCCCGGUGCAUCAACGGUGGCUCCUCUCAUCAGAUAUUCAUUAUGGCGCGGAGAGGGAGUUUAUUUUCCGCAAAACAAACAGUGUCAGACUCCGAUCCCGCUUUAUCUCAUCUCUCUGGGUAAUGACACUCAGCGCAAACAGGUAGCAUGCAUGAUGGAUCAUGUAGACACCCCCCCUGCAGAAUACAUUAAUACGGACCCAAACUAUACAUCAUUCACAUGCAGGGAGUGUCAACCUGUAUAUGAGUCACAUUUUUCAUAAACAACCUCGUGAUUGGGCUCAUCAAUCAGCAGACACACAGAUGCAGAGGGUUGUUGCACCGGCAUAAAUGUCCACCAAAACACCAGUGUGAGGUAAACCCGUUCUGUCCAACUGGAUUUAACUCACAGUUUAUCCCUGUGACAUACAUAACAGGCUUCAGACUGCAUCUACAAGUGGUAACAAUGUGAAGUUGGUGCGUUUUAUUUUGAGAUCACUAUUUACCGUAUUUUUCGGACUAUAAGGCGCACUUAAAAUCCUUAAAUUUUCUUAAAAAAUCACAGUGCGCCUUAUAAUCCAGCACCCUUAGGUAUGAUUACUUGUUGUGCUUACUGACCGAUUUUUUGUGGUACAAUGCACUCUCGAAAUAAGUAAGUACGACUUUGGUAAGCAAUGAGGCCCCUCCGCUUCAUGAAUAUUUAGAGCAUUAUAGUACGCUGUGUAUCUACCUAAUCAGCCCCAUAACAGGACCCCUGAACAGUCUACAAGACAGCCUGACUGUAAUGUCUAAAUUAGAAGUGUAUUCAUGUAAGGAACCCCGGGCGCGAAUUUUUUUUGUAGGAUGGUAGGGUAAGGUCCCGCCCUCCUUCGCCUUUGAUUGGCUAGAAGUGCUGGGCUCCGACUGGUUAUUCCUCAUGGCUGUGAAACGUCAUCUUCUGUCGGGUUAGGGUUAGGAGAUUCAGAAGUGUGAUAAUGUUCUGUAAUGUUCUGUCCGAUGUACUGAGCCGACAGCACGCGUUCGUCUUAAACGCUGGAUGACGUUUCCAGCUUUUCUAGCCAAUCAGAGGCGAAGGAGUCCGGACUUUCCCCUACCAUCCUACAAAAAAAAAUUAGUUGGUACGCACUACCAACAAUAAACCAAUCAAUGCGCCAAUGCGCCAAUGCUUAAUGCGCCUCACAGUCCGGUGCACCUUAUGUGUGAACGUAGAAACGAUAAAUCACAGUGCGCCGUAUAAUCCGCCUUAUCGCCCAAAAAAUACGGUUGUCAUCGUAAGAGUUUGAUAUUAAUAGAGUAUAAGGAGAACAUUAAAGCUCCUAUUGGGACUCUUUCUGGUCUUCGAAUGAAUACUGAUGCCUCUGUAGCUUUAAUCUAAAAUAAUUUUGACAAAUUGUUCCGUUUUUUUUAGAAGUAAUUUUCCUUUGCUCGGCUGUUCUUUGCCACCCGAACAACAUCACACCAAACACAGUGACUGCGGUACAUAAAUAAGCCGUCCCUUACUUUACAGAGACCCUGAGACUGAUUAGAAAGGUGAGGUCAAAUGGUUAGCGUUGUGAAUUUUGUUCCUUUGCCACCAACAGGUAACAAGAACAAGACAUGACAGGAGCAGCAUGGCCGGGCUGCCACUGUACUGUUAACAAGCUGCUGUCAGAUCCACAUACAGGGAUAACAGGGGCAGCUAUUCCAGUGAUUGACAACAUGAUAGAUGGGCGCGUUUGUAAGCCCUAAGACUGCAGGCGGGGUAACAUGAUUUGGACGUGGACCAUUUUUCAAGUCUAGAUUCUGAAUAUUGAGGGAAAAUUGAACUCCAGUGUAAUACUUCCUCAUUGUGCGCCUUCAGUUGGUGUUUUAUCCAGAGGAUCUCGCUCUCCUUCAACUGUAGAACCAGCGUCUUUUUCCCUGGAUGACCUUAAUUUUAGCAGCCAGAAAUGAGGAGGAGAUAGAUCAGGGCCGCUGUGGCCUGACAAUAUUUCGAACAUUCCAGCGAGCAUGUAAGGUCAGAGUAUUAACAGAGUUAUAGAGUAAGAGCCGGAGAGGAAAAAUAAGUCUAAGUCAGCUGAAAGAAGAGGAGACGUCUUUCAGCUGAGGACUCAUUCAUGAAAAGAUGAGCCUCAGCAUUUGGGAACAUUCGGUUCCUGUCGUUUUUAUUGCUGCAUCAGACAGGUUUUAGCAGAACUGGAAAAUUGCUCCAGCGCUGACUUUUUCUUUUUCUUUUUCCCCUCCUCCUGUUUUCUGCAGGAUUAUCCACGAGGCGGGAUACUCAGAAGAGGAAUGUAAGCAGUACAAGGCUGUGGUCUACAGCAACACCAUCCAGUCCAUCAUCGCCAUCAUCAGAGCCAUGGGACGCCUCAAGAUCGACUUCGGGGACGGUGCAAGAGCUGUGAGUGAUGAAGCGAGAGAAGGGUGUUUGCUUUGGAGGAGAAAGUGGAUGGAGUUGUUUGCGCUGAAAAAACAAGACGAUACAAAAAUGACAACGUCUGUUAGCUGAUGUCGUUGAUGCACGAUUGAAAGUCUUUUCCAGUAAUGUGUGCCCAGUAAGAACCGCCAAAUAUACCCAGGUCUUUUGUGGAAGCUUAAGAACAGUCCCAGGUGUUAAAAAAUGUGGCCAAUUUAAAAGCUGCAGUUCCUUGAGUGUCCACUAGUGGCUUGUUUCAAAAGUCUGGUCUUGAAAGUGAAGCCAACGUAAAAGAGUGGGGAAAAAAAAACAGUUUCCAGAAAGGCCACCUGAGAUUUACUGCAGAAGUCAUUAACAACAUUAACUUCUGUUUUAAAGACUCAGUUUACAGCGAAAUUAAACAUUUAAACAACCUCUUUUAGUUUUGGUUUUUUUAAUCACUUAUCCAUAUGCUGGAGUUAAUGGCCAUGAGUUAUGGAUGCAUCUGCUUAAUCAGGGGUGUAGCUUAGUUUACUAACAGGUGGGCCAUAUAUAGCCAUUUGCCUGGAGGUUAAAAGCCUUCCUGAGCUCCGCUUCUUAAGUACACUCUAGACUCUAUGUCUGCAUCUCUAGUACGACUACUGCCGUCCAUUUCCUUUAAAACACCUCCUCAGAACCACGUUCCCAAGAUUUUGCCCAUGUUUUAUUCAGUUAAUGAUUGAUGAGUACACUUUUGUCAUUAGAAAUAAGGGCAUAUGUCCACUUCACCUAUUAUCUUUAUAUGCAGCUUGUUUUUUUCAUUUGAAUUAAGGGCAUAUGUCCACUGCACCUAUUUUCUGUAUAUGCAGCUCACUUUUUGUUAUUAGAAUUAAGGGCAUUCUCUUUAUAUGUAUCUCAUUUUUUUCAUUUGAAUUAAGGGCAUAUGUCCACUGAACCUAUUUUCUUUAUAUGCAGCUCACUUUUUGAUUAGAAUGAAGGGCAUAUGUCUACUGCUACUAUUUUCAUAAUAUGCAGCUCAAGUUAAAAAUAAGGGCAUAUGUCCUCUUUACACAUUUUCUUAAUAUGCAGCUUUUUUUAAAUUAGAAUUAAGGGCAUAUGUCCACUGCACCUACUGUUUUUUUAUAUGCCUCUCACUUUUUAUAUUAGAAUUAAGGGCCUAUGUCCACUACACCUAUUUUCUUUAUAUGUAGCUCACUUUUUUCAUUAGAGACCAGCUGUGCAUGGUGUCUCUGAAAACUAAUGGUUGACAUCAUUGAGAGCAAGCCCAUAUUCUAUAAAGUCUGAUUGUGAAAUGACUUGAAUGACUUUGAGGACCCAUUUAUCAACCACCUCUCCUCUCAGGACGACGCACGGCAGCUGUUUGUGCUGGCGGGCUCUGCAGAGGAAGGCUUCAUGACGGGAGAGCUGGCCGGCGUCAUCAAGCGGCUGUGGAAGGACGCGGGCGUACAAGCCUGCUUCAGCCGCUCUCGAGAAUAUCAGCUCAACGACUCGGCGGCAUAGUGAGUCACAACACAGACACAAAAACAACACUAACAAGCGUGGAAACAGUCCCUUAAAAAAAAAAAAAGUCAGGCAGCAAAGCGCUUCAGAGGCACGAGUCCGGACUUUAACUCUGUCAAUAUUUGCCCUCCUCUUCAGAGUCUGAAGAGCCGUGACUGCUGAGGCCUUUUAAAUCUUUGACCUCAGCUUGGGGACAUAUGCUACAUGCUGAAAAACGAGGACGAGUGAAAAUGUUCCAUGCCUGAAUCUUUUAUAUAUUGUGCAAAAGCCCCUGGCGUUGCAGCAAAAGAUAUCAUCACAAAGCUGCCUCUUUUUCAUCCUUGAGUGUUUUUCUGCAGCAGAACAAACAUCACUGCUCAUGUAGACCGCCGAGAGCUGGUCAUCGUCUAAUUUGCUCCUCUAAUCCUGCUGUCCAGGGGCUUUCUCAAUAGAGAAAAGCACCUCUGAACCUUGUGUUUCCUUUGGUUUUGUUUUACACACAAACAAAAGGCUUGUUUUUUUGUGUUUUUUUGUGUGGGGAGCAGAUUACUCGUGUUUAUCUUUUGGAUUUUAGAGGUCGCCAAUCUCUCUCACUCGUAAUUUAUCAAACAGUAAGCUCAAGGUGUGAGCUUAUUACAACCCCGAGUGGGUGAAGACGUGGUAGCGUUAUGUGUGAGAUCCUGUGUGAGCAGAGAAUACAGUGUGUGAAAGCAGCACAGCAGCAACACUUCGACCAGGCGCUGGUGGAGCGAAUUAGACAGGAAAUGGAAAUGUUUGUAAAAACAUGCAUCUUUGUAGAGACAUAAAUCAGCCAGUGUUGUUGAAUUUGACCCCAUUUUAGACGAUAUUUCUCAUUCUGUGCUGAGAAAUCUCAAAUGUGGUUUGUACCUAUAACUAAAGAUGGAUAAUUUUCUGCUGUGGGGUGCAGAAAACUAUAAAAAUUGAAAUAAAAAUACACAAAAAAGGAUUGAAUUAGAAAAUCCAAAUUUGAUAAACAUCUUUUUGAAGUCCUUGAGCUGAGUUGGCCUGGUUUUACUAUAUUUAGAUUGUUUUAUAAGUGAGGUGAAAGUGUUAUGUAUUAAAGGGGGAAACAGAUUUAAUAUUAAGAUAUAAUUUAAUCAACGAAAGGUCAUUUAUCUUAUCGAGUUUAAACUCUUGUGAGGACUUUUUAUCGUCUUAUGUAAUAAACUGAAUGUGGGUUACAGAAGUAAACAAGACUUGUAGUUUCGAGAAAUGCUGUUUUUAAACCAACGAUGAGGGAUGAAGUGAGCCCAGGGUGCUGGAAAAAAAACAGGAUUUGUUGACAUUUUCGACAGCGAAGCCUCAGGAUGAGUGAGGCAUCUGACUGUUAAAGACAGCAGGAUGAGAGGGUCUUUCAUUUGCUGUUCCUUUAUAGAAUAGCAGGUUAUAUAUAACACCUCAAACUUCACAUACCAAAAGUUCCUCGCAGGAGUUUUAACAGGUAUCCUGAGCUGUUAUCAAGUAGAUGAAGUAACUUGAACCUCAGCCUUUUUCUUUGACCUCUAAUGAACCUGCAAGUCGAAAAUACAUGAUUCAUAAAAAUUAAAACAGAGUUAAAAUCUAAAAGGAAUAACCUAAUUCUGUCUCUUCUUUUAUCUGUGUUUGUGUAUUCUCUUUAACACCCACAACCACAAAAACAAACAAGAGUCUGUUCCAGCAGGUACUCGGCAAAAUGUGGGACAGCCCCCCGGACAGAUGGCUACUCCAUUACAAGUCUAACAGACAUCUUUAUACCACUCACACAUGCAUGAGAGCCUCAGAUUCAAGUGUAUGAAAGAGGAUAACAGGAAAGUCUGAGAAAACCGAGUAAACCCCACUCUAACACCGCCAGGGGACAUGAAUGCGAGGAGGAAAUCCACAAAACGAUCAUAGCGUUAUCAGCUGAAUUCACCACAGGACAAUUACAACUUGAGAAGUAGAAGGAGCCACAAAUCGUCACCUGACUCACUUUUAAAGCAAAUGAACCAAAAGCUUCCCAAACUUUGACCUGCUAAAAUCAGUGACUUUGUUUCUUGAACUUCACCGACAUUAUGACACAUUUUCUCCCUUUUUAUCCCCCCUGCUCUCUUUCUUUCUCUCUCCUUCUUUGUUUCUCCCCUCUUUGUGUUCCUUUCCCUCCUCCGCAGCUACCUGAAUGAUUUGGACAGGAUAUCCCAGGCCACCUACAUCCCGACCCAGCAGGAUGUCCUGAGGACCCGAGUCAAAACCACGGGCAUUGUUGAGACACACUUCACAUUCAAGGACCUGCACUUCAAGUGAGAAUUUCCUCACUGUACCAGCUGGCUGAGGCUCAAAGUCUUUUACAGGCGGCUUAAUUAGCUCUCCUUCCUGUUAACUGACUCACUCGCUGCCACUGAAAUUCCCUUUGUGCGCGUACAGCUGGGAGGGGUGACACAGGCUGCGAGGGUGUCGUGCGCAUCAGUUAUGACUUAGCUGUGGCCCCGCGUUUAAAAAAAAAAAGGGAAGUGGGGGCAGCAGGCCUGAUGGUGGCAUGAUAGCAGAAGUUUGGUGCCAGUGUGUUUAAAAUUUAGGACAGAAAUAACACGCUAACAUGAAGCUAAUAAAGUCCGAAGAGAGCAGCUGAAAGGGUCAUGAUGACACACCAUGAGUGGAGGAAACAAUUACACAGCAGUGGCUAACUAGCUUUAUCAAAAAUGAUCUAAUUCUUCUCCAUGGCUCCAGCAAUUUCAUGACUAACUUUGUUGCUGUGAAACAGGUAAACAGAAUAAAAAGGGGGACUGGUUGGCUGAGUCAUUGUGACCAAAACAAACAUUUUUACGCCUCUUGUUUUAGCUCUAAUCACGUAUUUAGAUUUUAACAACCCCUCCUUAACAUAACGGCUGUAAAAGUACGAUUCCUCCAGCAUAUUUACUCUUUAAUAGACCAUUACACAAGCUCAUUAAAGCUGUUCUCUCCCAGUAUAUGAAAUAUAUGAAGAGUUCUUAAGUGAGCUUUUAGUCUAAAUAGCUUUAUGUUAAACACUUAGCAACCUGGGGCAGCUGUGGCGCAGUUAUAGAGCGCAUUGUCUCCCAAGCCUUGUUUAAAUGAGAAUGGACCCAUUAAACAAGAAAAAUCUGUCGUUUUUAUUAAAGAAAAUUAGGUCUGUAUUUGAUGGUGUAAUGUAAUGAAUAAUGAAACACCACUAAAGCUCCACAUGUCUGUAUGUAAAGAGCAGAGAGUACAAAUAAAAACAAACAAGAAGACGAUGGUGGGCUCAGUAACUUAACUCACACAUGGGAAUUAAAGUGCAGCUAGAUAAAAAACGUAGUGUCAGAUUUCCACACUCAAACCUGGUUUCAAAAAUUCAGAAACUAACAGUUAACCAUGUUGUUUACAUUUGUUGAUGGCAGCCCUUUUAUUGGAAUCUUAACAGUUCGGUUUCCAGCUCUUGUGGUCUACGUGUUAAUGUGUCCUUGGGCAAGACGCUGAAUGUGGGAUUCGUCUUGGUAGCAUAUUACCUGGCGUGGAAAUUGCAGCUUUGGUUGUCAGCGUAGGGAUCUAUACGUGCAGUGUAAGAGCUAUGUGAGCGCUCCCAGGACUGGAAAGCUAGAAAACUUAAGACACGCUGGUGAUUCUAGGGAGCGCACCCAAACCUGACUGAUCAAACAGAGCGAACAAACUCCGCACGACACGCUGGUGAAUAUACGUAAACGCACUCACACAGAUGCGCUCCGGCUUUCCUGUCAGCGAGCGCAGACAACUACACACCGACUCAGAGAGAUGCAGCAGACAUCUGCUCUCUCUCUCCGGUAUAAACGGUACAACAAAAUUUCUACCUGUAGACACUCUUAUACCGUCAAACAGUAUAUACCGUCAUACUGCCCAACACUAGUUGGAACUAAUCAUUGGCAAUAAAAAAAGUCAUGAAAAUUAAGGUUGCCGUUGGACUUUUGAAGCUGCUCCAAAAACGGGGUCAAAAGUUGUGUGUUCUUGGAUUUUAUAGCUGUUGGCCAGCAGUUAAAUGUUGAACCCUCGGAUUGAAAGAAAGCAGUAAAAAGCCUCACACUCAUUUCUAUUGACUAAAGGCUAAAAGUGUGUCCUUCUAUUGAUUAGUCUGUCCACUUCUUUUAUUUAGGCCAUACUGUUUACAGUUCAUUUAAGGCUUUUGCCGGACACUUGAGGAUUCUCUGCUCAGUCAGCAUAUUACUGCCGAGCGAUAAAACAACAAAGCCUCUCUGUUUUCUCCCCCUUUAUCACAAACUAUCAUCAGUAAACCCUGCAGCACACCGCCACAGCGGCUCUUCUAGAUAUCAAAUUUUCCAUUUCAUAACACCACAACACUGGUUGCUUUGUGUACACGUGUAUCCAUGUUUACUUUUUUCCUCCCUGCAGAAUGUUCGAUGUCGGUGGUCAGCGGUCUGAGAGGAAGAAGUGGAUCCACUGCUUCGAGGGCGUGACCGCCAUCAUCUUCUGCGUGGCCCUCAGCGACUACGACCUGGUGCUGGCUGAGGACGAGGAGAUGGUGAGUAAUAGUGGGCGCUCUGUGCUUCGUACACAAAGGGAUCUUUGUUUACUGCAAUCAUGAUGAGUCAGAGAAGACGUAGGAAUAAGAGAUGGGUCUGGUUCCAGAGUACAGUGAGCAACAUGUUCUGAUUUUUUCCCCCUUCAGAACCGAAUGCACGAGAGUAUGAAGCUCUUCGACAGCAUCUGUAACAACAAGUGGUUCACGGACACCUCCAUUAUCCUCUUCCUCAACAAGAAGGACCUGUUUGAGGAGAAGAUCAAGAAGAGUCCCCUGACUAUCUGCUACCCAGAAUAUGCCGGUAAGAUUGGCAGCAUCUCACAGAAUACAUGUUUUAACUAGAAAAGCACUCGGAGAGCGCAGACCUCUGCCAAGCAGCUCAUGUCCCGCCUUAUAUUGUGAUUCACACCAAAACUUUCACUGUUACGUGUCUUUUAUUAACGUUUAUUUGUGUUUAAACUGGUAUGUUCACUGUUCAUAAUGUUCCUAAAACAAGAAAUGCCCUGACCUGGAUUCGAACCCAGGACCUUCUGGUUGUGAGGUGACAGUGCUAAGCACUACACCACUAUGCCGCCUAUCUACACCACUGUGCCGCCUAUCUACACCACUGUGCCGCCGAUUGCUUAUCUUUCAGCAUUGAAAAUUCCAACGACACCCUUAUUUUUGUGUGUUCUGGAUCACAGUAUCCGGAAUUUUGUCUGGAUCAGGAUCAACCUUUGACACAUCUUAAAACUCAUUGAGAUCCUUUUGUGUAAUUUUUUUUACUAAAGACUCUGGCCAUUUUUAUAGAGUUAAAUGCAAAAAUUCCAAAAUUUGCCCUAUCUCACAAUGAUGAAGAAUCCUUCAAAAAAUUCCUGGAUCCAGAAGGCGAUCCGGACCACCACCAAAAUUUAAUGGGAUCGUCCUGGGGCUGAGACGCACCUCUGGUGAAAAUUUCAGGUCAAUCCGUCUGUAACUUUCUCCGUAAAGUUGCUAACAGACAGACAAACAAACAAACCAACAAACCAAUAAACAAACAAACUAACUAACUAACGCUACCGAAAACAUAACCUCCUUGGCGGAGGUAAUUUUAUCGUUUUGAUUUUACAGGGAAACCCCAAGAACCCAGAGAGAAAGGUCCAUCUGCCUUUUCACAAAAACACGCACAAUAAGCAGGAUGAAGCCCAGCCAUAUGUUAUUUUGUUAAAGACGAAUGUGUACACUCUCAAUACCUUUUUCCCUUUUGCUGUGACUUCCUGGCUCCCUCACUUCCUCGUCUCUUUCCAGGCUCCAACACGUACGAGGAAGCAGCUGCCUACAUCCAGUGUCAGUUCGAGGACCUGAACAAGAGAAAGGACACAAAGGAGAUCUACACCCACUUCACCUGCGCCACAGACACCAAGAAUGUGCAGUUUGUGUUCGACGCCGUCACCGACGUCAUCAUCAAGAACAACCUGAAAGACUGCGGGCUCUUCUGAGGAGUACGACUUCAAAAAACAAGAAGCUUUUUUUCUUGGUGAGGAAUUUUUUUUAUUUUUUUUUUAUCAUCACUCCACCUUGAGCUCUCGAACCAUCAGAGCUUUAAAAACACUUAGUCUGCGCUUCAGAGCAGAUGGGCUUGUUUCAGCUUCUUCGGCACUCAGAGCUGGUGUUGAUCCAAUAGUCGGGAUGUAAUCCAUCAUAAUCAAAAUGCUAAUUUAAUUACCGAGCUGUAAAGCGUCUCUCUCUUCUAGAACUUGAAUACAUUUUCUGCUUCGUUUCAGUUGUAUUGUAAGACAACAGCAGCAAGGUCAAGCUCCAAACGUCUCUUUGAAACAAUACGCAGCCAUCCCUCCCACCUCCUUUCUCACCUCCUUUAUCUCUCCUUCCCUCUCUUUAGGCAGUGGGGCCACUUUAUGGAGCAUCUUCUUCGGCGGGGGAGAUGAGAGGAGUCGGGAGGAUCAGUCAAGGACCAGUGCUGUACUAUAUGCCACUUUUAACAGCUUUAUUUAUGUUUUUUGUCUUGGAACAUUUUGACCUAGCAUUACAACAUUUGUGUAGGAUGUUUGUAUCAUUGUAAAAGCGUCAGAUUUUCCGCACAUUAUUAUUUUUUUUAAAAAGUUACUUCCUGUUUUGUUUAAAAAAGUUUUUAAGAGUUCACUUUAUUUGCUGUUUCUUCUGCCGCUGUCUCUGGAAAAGGAAACUUUUUGCUCUCGGUGGAAAACGCUUCUUUUCUUCCUACCCUACAACCACAAAAAGGGAAGAAAAGGGGUCCAACUUUGAGUCCAGUUUGUUGGUACUUGUGCCUUCGCAUGCCUUUUUACUGCGGUCGUAGUCCCCAAUGCUUGUUCUGUUGCCUGCUGAAUUGUUCGAAACAUUAAGAGGUAAACUGUUUUCAUAUGUUAAGUGUCCCUGCUAUCUUCUAUGUGCACACCACUGAGCUACCAGGAGGCGGAGGAAGGUUUCACUCUGGUCUAAAGGGUACAUGGGUCUCCAUUGUGACCGACAUGUAGCCUCCACAGCCCCCUUCCCCCCAUCCUCACCCACCCGCCAUGACAAUGGAAGGCCUACAGGUCGAUCAUGCAGUACAAUACUGAGAUGUAUAUUGUUACAUUUACCCCAAAGAUCUGGGGCUCUGGUUUUUAAACGGUGUACAAAAUCUCCAUUCUUCACAACCAUUUGGAAAAUGGUGAGCUGGGGCGCUGAGCUUAUAAUAAACUCAAGUGUUCAAAGUACAAAGACCAGAGUAAGGCACAUUUUAAUGUAUAUUUUAAUGUAUUUGGAGGAGAGUUUUUGGUGUUAAGGAGAGGAAAGCUGAACUACAAAUAAGACAGUUGGAAAGGCAAGUGUAAUCAGAGUGGUGUGGUCACGUUCUUGGGUUCUGUCAAGUAAUGGUUAAAGGAUACAUGAAGCUCUUCAAUCAGGUGAUGGCAACUUCAAAUGCUCAAGGGAGCCUGGUCUGUGAUUUUUUUGAUCAGCACUACUUUGCCAAGAAGAGUGUUAUAAAUGGUCCUGGAUCUGUUCAUGUAACGAAAACUGCCACAACUGUCAAUGUAUGUGUAUGUUCUCCACAGAUGGAGAACCUUUGUAGACUCAUCUCCCUUAUUUUGCUAAUAAAAACCAUUUACAAACCACAUGGAGUUGGAGUAUUUUGAGAAACCCUG